CCCAUCACGACCGUCAACAUUACUUCGACAUCUUCGCCGUAUACUUCCUCGAGUAUACCCUUGCGGUCUCUACAAUACCGGUCUCAGUCAUCUCCUGUGCAGUCUGUGAGAACACACGAAUCUGCUAGCGAGAAGGGUAGCCGGCGUUCUUCUUUAUCUGUACAGUCUGUCGAGUCUGAGUAUUCUCUCUGGACAGACACUGGCGACCUAGCUGAACAGCUCGCUAAUGAAGAAGAUCCUCUCCGGACCCGUCUCGGAGAAUCUCUGGACCGUGAGAUCUCUAAUCGAUUGGGGUCGAGGGCGCGAGUAAAACAGCUGAAACGAGUACAUUACCCUAACGAAGGCAAUCUUGUCACUGAGCAAGCCGAACCCGAGAAGACGUCAAUAGAGAUACCUCGUCCGCCGCCCCGGCAUAUUUCGCGGGUUGAACGUCUCCUCGCUGUCAUAAUGUCUCCAGGCGAUCGGCAGACGGCACAAAUGCAUGGCUUGGUUGGGAAGCCACUGCUGUACUUUACUAGUGUCUUUGUAUCUUUAGGCGUCUUUCUUUUUGGCUAUGACCAAGGUGUCAUGUCUGGUAUUAUAACUGGUUGGUAUUUUAAGGACUAUUUCAACCAACCGUCACGCGCUGCAAUUGGUACGGUUGUUGCAAUUCUUGAGGUUGGAGCCUUUAUAUCCUCGUUACUUGUUGGACGUAUUGGCGACUUGAUAGGGCGUCGCCGAACGAUUCUUUACGGCUCAAUAGUCUUUUUCAUAGGCGGAGCACUGCAGACAUUUGCAAAUGGACUCGCCAUGAUGAUGGUUGGUCGUAUCGUCGCUGGUUUAGGAGUUGGCGCGUUGUCAACGAUCGUGCCUGUUUAUCAGUCUGAGAUAUCGCCCCCCCACAACCGAGGGAAGCUGGCGUGUAUUGAAUUCACCGGAAAUAUUUCAGGAUAUGCAGCCAGUGUCUGGGUUGAUUACUUCUGUAGCUUCAUCGACAACAACUAUUCGUGGCGUCUACCGUUACUAUGCCAGUGUAUAAUGGGGGCUCUUCUUGGACUAGGAAGCCUCAUUAUAUGUGAAUCACCAAGAUGGCUGUUGGAUAAUGACUAUGAUGAGGAAGGCAUGGUAGUCAUUGCUAAUCUCUACGGACAGGGAGACUUGCACAAUGACAAAGCAAGGCAGGAGUACAGAGAAAUCAAGAUGGAUGUUCUUCUUCAACGGCAAGAAGGUGAAAGGUCUUACACUGACAUGUUCAAGCGAUACAAGAAACGGGUCUUGAUAGCCAUGUCCGCUCAGGCUUUAGCCCAACUGAAUGGUAUUAACGUCAUCUCCUAUUAUGCCCCGCUCGUUUUCGAAUCAGCAGGGUGGGCGGGCCGCGAUGCUAUUUUAAUGACUGGCAUCAAUGCAAUUUCAUAUCUCGCAUCCACGGUUCCUCCAUGGUACCUUGUUGACCGCUGGGGUAGGCGACCAAUCCUACUUUCGGGAGCUGUCGCUAUGAUUGUCUCUCUCUCUUUGAUAUCAUACUUUAUUUUUAUUGAUGUUGCAGCAACUCCCACGCUCACUGUGAUCCUCGUUAUGAUCUACAAUGCUGCUUUUGGCGCAUCCUGGGGACCUAUCCCAUGGCUAUACCCGCCUGAGAUCUUGCCAUUAAGCAUUCGUGCAAAAGGCGCCAGUCUUAGCACAGCUACGAACUGGGCUUUCAAUUGGCUUGUUGGAGAGCUCACACCUAUCCUUCAGGCCGUAAUAAAAUGGCGCCUCUACCUAGUGCACGCCUUUUUCUGUGCGUGUAGCUUCGUCCUCGUUUACUUCCUAUAUCCGGAGACUAGUGGCGUUCGUCUUGAGGAUAUGGAUACUCUGUUUGGGGACGCAACUACUGCCAUGCCAACACCCGCCUCUCAAGGAGAACGUGGCUCUCUAAUGGGUGUUAGUUCGCCUGUGCCUUCACUUGACAUACGGCGGCAAUAUGGCCAGUUUGGCCCUGAAAAUGCUAUUCCUGGUCUAGAUAUUGAUCCUCCGAUCAUCAAUGCUGGCGAGAAUGCUAAAGUCGGUCAGCGUGGUUCUCAAGAUGGCGGUGGCCGCCUUGAGGGCCUUGGCGGUUGGAUCUCGAACAUGGUCUCUCGCCACAAGGGGUCAUCUGGACAACGGCUCCAAGGCACUCAGUAUAGACGCCUUGGGCAAGAUGACGAGAACGAGUAA